AUGAGAUUAGGGGCGGGUGUGAGGCUGCGCCGCGUCCCAGGCGUCCCGGGUGCGCUCGCCCAGCGCCCCGCGCCUCUCCCGCCACAAACGCUGCCGUUUUCCGCACCAUAUGCACUUACUGAUUCCGAACCGGCAGCGGUUAUUAUAAUUGCACGAGAGCGCGUCGUACGCGGUAUGGAGACAGGCGUAACUGUCGAAGAAUUUAUCACUAUAGUCCCGGUAGGUGAAAAUAAGCCUGCCGUUCACGACAAAGAGUUUGUAACAGUACUCACGGUUGGUGCUGCUAACGGUGCUGCAGAAGUUGUCGUACGUAGACCUCGCGGGGCUCGUUUAGGAUUAGGAUUAAAAUUUGAAGGUGGUUCCGCUGCUGCGGAGAAAGUCAGGAGACUCUUGGUACAAUCAUGUGCUGAGGAAAGUCCUGCUGCUAAAGCCUCCGCUCCUUGGGGUAAACUUAUCCCUGGAGAUGAAAUCUUAGCUAUUGAUGGAGUAACAGUUUCUGAUUUAACAAGGAUUGAAUGCGUUCGUCGCUUAAAAGAUUCCGAUGAAUCCUUAAUACUUUUGGUACGACAUUUUGAACCUGAAAAUAUUUCACAGCAAAGUAAAAUGGAAUUAAAAGAAACCAGUACAGAUGUGAAACAUAACACAGAGAUAACUAGACCGACAACUUUACCUCCACCAGUUCCACCGAGAAAGUUAGGAAAGAAAAAUUCGUUUAAAGAUAAGUCUAUUCUUCAGACACUCGGUGAACAAAACACCCUUGUUAAUAUUGACACAUCUAAAGAGUAUGAAAAUACUAAGGAGUCGGCUGUGACACAACAUCCUUUUAUUUCAACAAUGAAUAAAUUAUCAAGAAAAUCAUCUUUUGAUAGUCAUAUUCACCGUCAAAAUAAGGAAAGUUUUGCUUAUUUAAAAAAAGGAUCUCCAGAGGAAGUUAGACGCUUAGUCCGUCGAUUAUCGGAUGGUAAGGCUAUGCCUCCAGAAGCUGACAUUUAUAUAGAUUUACUAUCUAAUGAAUGGGAACGUUGCCUCGUUUUGGCAGAUGCAGAAUCUGAUGACACCGGCAGUUCUAUUUCAACAGUAGUCGAUAAAUUAGGAUCGAUGGCAAGUUCUGUCGAAAAUAGUAUCCCAUCUACACCUAUAAUGCAACCUAAAUCAAUAGACAUACAAAAGUUAUUAAAUAGCAUUGAAAAUAUUGACACAGAUAUAUUAAAAGAUAUGAAUAGUGCAAAAUUUUUAGAAAAACCGAUAGAGGUUAGUGAAGAAAAAAAAGUUGAACAAAAAAAGAUUACUUCGAACGAAUUAAAAAAUCAAGAUAUCAAAACUCAAAGCUUUAUAGAAAUUGAAAAUAUUAAACCAUCUUCAAAAAUUAUGGAACAAAAUGACAAAAAUAACAAUGUUACUGAUAUUUCAAAUGAAAAAGAAAACAAGUCAUCGAAACUUAAUGAUAAAGUUCCGAAACAAGAAUCCAUUUCUGAAAAACCCAAACCUAUGCCAAGAAACACAAAAGUGGAACGAUCUGCUAGCGACAAGAAACGACGCCCUAUUCCGAUUCCAGAAUUACUGCCACUGCCGUCGGCAUCGGUAUCCGAGUCGUUACUAACACCAACAAAAAAAACUUGUAUUGAGACUUGGUUGCAGCGAUCGGAAGCCGAAAUGAAUAAUAAGUUGGAAGAAAAAUUGGAAGACAAUACUCUACCAGAGGCUCUACCUCGUUUGAUUGAUUUUGUACCUAAAACCAAUUACAAAGAAAGCAGCACAGAACCAACAAACUGUAUACGGCCAACAGCUCCACCGCCACCUCCUCCUGCAGAAACAAGAGAAGAUGGCUCCGGGGCAUCACUUGACACCAUUGGCGAAUUAGAUGAAUCUUGUGACGUUACUGAUAAUGCGAAAACGCCUCUUGAAGAUGAACCGAACAAACGAAAAAAUUCGUUCGAAAGAAACUUCUGGGAUGAUCGUGUUAACAAAAGUGACACUGAAGACAAAAGUCUUUCAAACGAUGAGACUCCAAUACCAUCCUGCCCGCGACAACCACCUGACGGUGUCGAAACUCCAUCAGAUACAGUUGAAAAAACUCCUGAUUUACCUACAAGAUUACCACCACGUAUGUCCUCAGGUUGGCCUACCAAUCGUUCUCGUUAUUCCUACUCAUCGAGGACCCAAGAUGCAAGAAGUGAAGCAAGUGUUAAGGAUAAAAUUGCUAUGUUUUCUGUCGAUCUUUCGACAUCUUCAGAUCGAUUGGAUAAAUGUGGAACCCUACCUAUUAGAUCUCAUUCAACCUUACGGAAGAAUUCAACGCCUUACAUGAGUAACUAUUCUGAAAUAUCGUCUUUAGAUAGACGGUUAACCAAAUCCCAAGACAACUUGGACGAAACCCCACGUUCUUAUAAACGAAAUACUGAUAGACCUGAAGUUCCAGGUGCCUUAGAGAAUAAAAACACUGCAAUAAGAAAUACAAGGUUUAACCAAACCGAAACACAAAAUAAGCCACUCUUUUAUGGAAGUACUACAACGUUGCCAUCAGAUAAUUCAUUCACGCGACCAACAUAUCAUAUGAGAAGUAUUAGCGAUGAUAAUAGUACCAAUAGAAAUGUAUCAACACAUAAAUCUAAUCUAGAAUAUUUAAUAGAACAGAGAAAGAAAUCAAUGUCAAAGCUAAGAGGUCUAGUUAUACCAGAAGUACAAGCUCCGAUAGUAGAUUUGCCAGAAAUAAAAGUCCACGACCCUUUCUCUAAUAAAUCAUUCCUUAAUAAUACAUUAAGCAAAGAGGUUAAAAAAGAAAGUAAAAUAAGCAGUAUUAGUAGUUCAUACAUAACAGAAAGUAAAUGGAAAACAAAUUAUUUACCAAAUAAUAUACCUAAAUAUUCUCCGGCUUUUAAGCGUAAGUCGCUACAGGUUUAUACUCCUUCAUCUUUAUCAAAGGAAUCAACCCCGGAACGCAAAUUCACAGAUAAGAUUGAUACAUUAAAUAGAUUAAAUAAUCAAAAUAAUCCUAUCGCUUCUAAGCCAGUUAAAAGUUUGUUUGAUUUUUCUAAAACUUCAGUAUCGAAAGGUUCAUUAGCAUAUAAUCGUGAUUUAUGUAAAAAGAACUAUAAUGGAAAUUUACACGAUUUCAAAAACGUUGAAAUUAAAGUGUGUACAACAACUGAUAUUGUUGAUAGUGAUAAUGACUCUGCAAUGAGUUCAACUCAAUCGAGUUACCGUUCAUCGGCAUCUUCACCACUGCAUAACAUCGAUAAUAAUAUAGAAUCAGAUAAUUCAAGACUAUCUCCAAGAAUUUCUCAUUAUAAUACUUACUCUCUUAUCAAGUCUGAAUUACCAAAUAAGUCUGCUAUUGUUGAAAAGAAUUGCGAGCAAUACAUCAAAAGAAGUGUUUUCCGAUCUGUAUCUUCAGAUACGAAUAUUUCGCUAAGUUCUUCUGCAGGCUCAGCAGCUACAUCGGGAUCUCAGGCUAGUUGCAGUUCAUUAGAGAGUUCUGUGGCUGACUCAGAAAAGAGAAAAGUUUCAAAAGUAUACAACGUUGACAAUGUUAACAGAAGAAAUAUCGUCGCUUCGGCUAAAUGCAGAAGUGGUAGAGAUGUUAAACUAGAACCACCUGUUGUAGAAACUAAAUUCUCACAUGAGUCUUACAACAGAUCUCCCAGUCCAACGCUUAAAGCGUCUGAUCGCCUUUCUACGCUCACACCAGCAGUGAGUGUAAUAGCAGCUAAAGGUGAAAACAGACGACGUAAUAAAAUUGUUGUUGAUACUGAUUCUGAUUCAGAUUCUGAAGUAAAUGUUCGACAGCGGAAAUCAGACUAUAAAAAUCCUAGACUUAAGCGAAAUUCUAGUACAUCAAAUAAAAAUAAAAAUAAUGACAUUUAUCAGGAAAUCGAGAAGAAAUCUACUCUUAUUAAAGACGAAACAAUAGAAGACAUUCCUGUAACAUGCUUAGAAACUCAAGAUAAAAGCAAGAGUUUGUUAUUAAAUAAAAAUAAUGAUUUGAAUAUUAAUAAAAUACAUAAAGAAAGCAGUUCCGAAAAUUUAAAAGAAAAAGUUAAUGCCAGUUUGACAAAUGAAAAUAAAAACGAGCUCAUCUGUGCUACUAAUAAUAUAAAAUCGUCUUUCGUUGGCAUCAAUAAAGACUUAAAGAAUGCCCCUAAGUAUAAUAAAACACUUGAGAAUUCUGUAACGAACUCAACGGAAGUUUUCCGACUUAAGAAAGGUUUUGGAUCAGGUGUAGGACUUAUAUUAGCUGGUGGAGUGGAUUGUGAAGCUAAAGAUGUUACUGUUCAUCGUGUUUUAGAGGAUGGCAUUGCAGCAAAAGCAGGAAUAAAAAGAGGUUCCAAAGUUAUUAGAAUCAACGAUCACUUGAUGUCGGGAUUAACACACGCGCAAUCUGUUUCCAUUUUGAAAGAACAACGUUCGGAAGUUGUAAUUGAAAUAGAAAAUAAAAUCAAAGAAAACAGAGAUGAUAUGAAAUGCGGCUCUGAACACGCGGAGACGAAAGGAUAUCAAAACGAAGAAGUUAAAUGUUUAAAGGUUAACGGCAAAUCAGACAGUACGAUAGUUACUGUUAUAUUAGAGAAAGCAGGAGGUGGUGCCGGCUUAGGUUUCGGCUUAGAUGGAGGUCGUGAUUCUCCUCAAGGAGAUCGACCACUGACCAUUAAGAAACUUUUCGCAGGAGGAGCGGCUGCACAAAGCGGUCUUAUUGUAGUUGGCGCAGAACUUCUUUCCGCUGGUGGACAAUCUAUGGUUGGAUUUACACGGACACAAGCCUGGGCUGCUUUAAAAGCAUUACCAGCUGGUCAAGUGGCGUUGGUUCUUAGAAAUCCGUCCAAGUAAAACAUACUAUAAACAUAAUUUAAAUUGUUAAAUGUAAAAUACAAUCUUUGACCUUAAAAGGUUAAAAAUUUGUUGAAACAAUUAAAAAAAUAAGGCGUAGUAGUAUUGGUCUGUGGCUCUUACGAAUUUUCUAUUUAAUCUUUAGUCAGCAUUGAUAGAUGCACUGUACAUAGUAUUUUAAUGAGGAUUAAAUUGAGUAAUGAGGUGUAUAUUGUACUUGGCAUAAAUGCCAUAAAGACUGUAUUCCGAUUUAUUAAAAAAAUAUUAUUUAUUGUUAUAUAAAGUAACUAGUCUCGACGACAGAUGUGGGAAGAUGAUUUUAUGUUAUAGUCUAUGACUCUAGGCGUAUUUCGUAUUGAUGUCAACGAUCAUUUGUGUGCCAUUUAAAAAAUGUAUAUAAUAAAUCUAGAAAGCAGUGACAUUAUAAUGAAUGAUAUAAUUUUUUUUAACAGUAUUCAAUUGAUUCAAUUAAAUUUGUCAUGUUUUCAAAAUUAUAAAUAAUUAAUAUAUCAGUUUGGAUUUUUGCAUCUAAACCAAUAAAUAUUAAAAGUGGACUAUAAUACAUAUCGAAAUUUAUCAUUUUCUCAUUUUAACGUAUUAUGAAUAAGCAUUGAAUAUAUUUUAUAAAUUUAAGUUCUUAUCUCACUAAAAUGUAUAAUGACAUAUUUAAAUUAUAUAUAUAACGGUAACUUGUCAUGAAUACUUUUUAAUAAUGCCAUUACCACUAAUUUUGUAAUAAGGUUUUUGUAUAUAUAUUUAAUUUGUUAAUAUUACUAAUUAAUAUAUCCGUAUUACUUGCUACAUGUGAAUACUUCAAGUAUUCAGCAAAGCUGUUUAUAUACGUAUACUGUAGUAAGUUUAUAAAAUAUAAUCUUUCUAUAAUAA